CUCCACGGAGAUCCAGAGCGCAGCCGCAUUCUCUGACCCUCCCCGCCCCAUUCCCGAGGGGUUACAUUUGACUCCACCUGCAAACACUGCAGUGGAAACUAAUGGCCAGUCUAUAGUUAUUUGCAUCUCAUUUAAAUGUUGUCCAAAGCAGCCAGCGCCUUUCCAGGCCUGCUCCAGUGGUCAGUCACCUCGGUGUCCUUUCCCGCGGCCCGCGCCCUCACUGGCUGGGUAUCACCAUCCUUGUCUUCUAGGUCUGCAUCUGCGGUUGCCAGGUAGGCGGAUGUGAGAGGCCCAAUCCUCUUGAUCCUUUAGAGGUCAUCCCGUCGUCGCCGGCACCAUGCUGUCCCCUCAGAGGGCUUUACUCUGCAACCUCAACCACAUCCACCUCCAGCACGUCUCUCUGGGCCUGCACUUGUCUCGUCGUCCUGAGCUACGGGAGGGGCCCUUGAGCACAUCCCCUCCCCCAGGGGACACUGGGGGCAAGGAGAGCCGGGGCCCCUGCAGCGGGACCCUGGUGGAUGCCAAUUCCAACAGCCCAGCCGUGCCCUGCAGAUGCUGCCAGGAGCACGGCCCAGGCCUAGAAAACCGACAGGACCCAGCACAGGAGGAAGAGAGGGCUGCCUCUCCCUCAGACCCUGGCUGCUCUUCCUCUCUCAGCUCCUGCUCAGAUCUUAGCCCUGAUGAAUCUCCCAUCUCAGUCUACUCGCGGGACCUCCCUGGCAACGAGGAUGUCCACCCUCAGCCCAGCAUCAUCCCCCUGGAGCAGGGCUCCCCACUGGCUUCUGCAGGCCCUGGCGCCUGCUCCCCGGACAGCUUCUGCUGCUCUCCGGAUUCCUGCUCCGGAGCUUCCUCCCCACCUGGCCCUUGCCUGGACUCCAACUGCAACGCCCUGACCACCUACCAGGGCCUCCCUUCCCCAGGGCUAGAGGAAGAGGACGAGGGUGGGGAGCAGGACCUCCCUACCUCUGAGCUUUCAGACGCCGAUGAUGGGAAAAUCGACGCUGGGAAAACCGAACCCAGUUGGAAAAUCAACCCCAUUUGGAAAAUUGACACAGAGAAAACUGAAGCUGGCUGGAAAAUCACUGAGAACAAUAACUCUGGUUGGAAAAUUAAUGGAAAUACUAACUCUAGCUGGAAACCUGAACCUGGAAAAUUCGACUCCGGUAGGAAAACCUUCACAGGAAUAAUUGAUUCUGGCUCGAAAACAGAUGCAGGGAAAAUUGAUGGGGGAUGGAGAAGUGACGUCAGCGAGGAGCCGGUGCCCCACCGGACAAUCACGUCCUUCCACGAGCUAGCCCAAAAGCGCAAGCGGGGCCCGGGGCUGCCCCUUGUGCCGCAGGCCAAGAAAGACCGCAGUGACUGGCUCAUUGUCUUCUCGCCCGACACCGAGCUGCCCCCCACCGGAUCGCUGGGCGGUUCCCCAGCGCCUCCCCGGGAAGUCACCACCUUCAAGGAGCUCCGGUCCCGAAGCCGGGCCCCGCCCCCGCCAGUCCCGCCCCGAGACCCCCCAGCGGGCUGGGCCUUGGUCCCGCCCCGGCCCCCACCCCCACCUGUCCCUCCCCGAAGGAAGAAGAACCGACCUGGGCUGCAGCCCAUAGCGGAGGGGCAGCCGGAGGAGGGCAGGGCGGGCAGCCCCGCGGCUGGCGAGGAGGCCCCAGCCGCGAAGGAGCCGGAGGAGCCCGGCGCGCAGGCGGGCCUUGAGGCCAGUCCCCUCCUGCUCCCUCGGCCCCUGGUUUUCCGGUUCUCGGCCGACGGGCGCCCCCUGUUGGAGGGUAGGGGCGCGGGCGCAGCUGGGUCUCUGCUCCUGGCGCCUCUGGCCGGCUGGCCCGGCGCCGGGCUGGGGCUGCGGGGGGCGCCGAGUCCCGCGGAGGAGCAGCUGCUGCCUGUCCGCCUGUCCCCAGUGGGAGCCUAUUCGCCUCCGGCUCGAGAGGCCCUGCCCUGCCUGGCCAGCCCUGAGUUGGCACUGCUGCUGUCCCCGCUCUUUCCCAGAAGUAGCACCUUCCCCGCCGCGGCUCCCCCACCCCGCCAGGUACCCGCCCCCCCGCUGCCACCGCCACUUCGUCCGCCGAAGGCCCCUCGCUGGACCAGGAGCCCACCACCUCCGCCCAGGCUACUGCGUAGUUCCUGGUCGUUCGCCGGUGUCUCCGGGGCCCAGCGACUGUGGAUGGCAGAAGCCCAGAGUGGGACUGGCCAGCUGCAGGAGCAGAAAAAAGGUCUCCUGAUAGCUGUCAGCGCCUCAGUGGAUAAAAUCAUCUCACACUUUGGGGCUGCCCGGAACUUGGUUCAGAAGGCCCAGUUGGGGGAUAGCCGGCUGAGCCCAGAUGUGGGGCACCUGGUGCUGACCACCCUCUGUCCGGCCCUCCAUGCCCUGGUGGCCGAUGGGCUGAAGCCUUUCCGGAAGGACCUCAUCACCGGGCAGCGCAGGAGCAGCCCCUGGAGUGUGGUGGAGGCUUCGGUGAAGCCAGGUUCCAGCACCCAUUCCCUGGGAACCCUGUAUAGCCAGGUCACCCAUCUGGCCCCGCUGAGCAGCAGCCGUAGCCGCUUCCACGCCUUUAUCCUGGGCCUCCUCAACACUAAGCAGUUGGAGCUGUGGUUUUCCAGUCUCCAGGAAGAUGCAGGCCUGCUGUCCCUCCUGUACCUGCCCACUGGAUUCUUCUCCCUGGCCCGGAGUGGCUGCCCCUCCCUGUCCACGGAGCUGCUGCUCCUGCUGCAGCCAUUGUCGGUGCUCACCUUCCACCUGGACCUGCUCUUUGAGCACCACCACCACCUGCCCCUGGGCCCACCUCAGGCCCCUGCGCCCCCCACCUCACCUCCGGCCCUGCAGCAGACUAUGCAAGCCAUGCUGCACUGGGGAGGUCGGCUGGCCCAGAGCCUUCGGGGGGCUUCUGGGGAGACUCCUCCAGACCCUUCAGCCCCUUCAAGCCCUCCCAUACCAGGCAGCUGGUGGGAGCAGCUGACCCAGGCCUCCCGGGUCUACGCCUCUGGGGGCACCAAGGGUUUCCCUCUUCCCCGGUGGGGAUCCAGGCGUCAUGGGACUGCAGCUGAGGGCGCGCAGGAGAGAUCCCUGCCCACAAAGGAAGCGGCACCAGGCAGAGGCGUAUGGCUGGGGAGACUGUUUGGAGUGCCUGGGGGCCUCACAGAAACUGAGAGCGGAGCCCCAAAGUCCAGGAGACCAUCCAGCUGGCUGCCCCCGACAGUGAAUGUGUUGGCUCUGGUGAAGCGAGGGGCACCUCCUGAGACUUUCUCUUCUCCUGAGGAGCUUGAGGCCUCAGCACCCAGCAUGGUGCAGACCCACAGGGCGGUCCGUGCUCUCUGUGACCACACUGCUGCAGGACCUGACCAGCUGAGCUUCCGGCGUGGGGAAGUGCUGCAAGUCAUCACCACUGUCGAUGAGGACUGGCUCCGCUGUGGGCGGGACGGAGUGGAGGGGCUGGUGCCUGUGGGGUAUACCUCUCUUGUUCUCUAGGCCUAGGACCUUUUCCUUUCCUGCAGAUGUCUCUCCCUCCUGUCACCAGGGAAUGGAAUGGCCUGUGAACACUAUCCCAUGUGAACUGAUCAUCCCGGAAGCAUUUUCCUUGUCUGCAAAAUGAUACUUCCUCCCACAUCAAUUUCUGCUACUAUGUGAAAUAAACUUUCCUUUUUCCCUCCCAUGCCCAUCUGUAAGGUGAAACCUGCUCUUCUUCCAAGUAUAUAAAAAGGAAUUUCCCUCCAUGCAAUCUCUUUCCUUAUUCCCAUCUGUAUAAGGGAAUGUCUCCCUUCCUAUCUGCAAAAUGGAAAUCUAGCCCCCUUCUACCUUCUUCAUCUGUAAGUGGACUGUGCCAGUACAGUACAUGCCUCAGUUCCCAAGACUAGAAGGGCCUCUAGUCUCCUUCCUGUGUAUGGAAUCUUCCCCCACUCCACCUAUCCCACAUUGCCUGUAUUUAUUAUGUACUCAUGCUGUACUAGGUGCUGAAGUCUGGACACCCCUGGUGGGUGGGCCUAUGGUAUUGGUCUGCCUCCUUCCUCCUGUCCCAAUAAAGUGUGGGAGUUGAA